AUGGCGGCGGCCAGACACUGCCCGUCUUGGGCAGACUUGCACCCAGAGCUUCUGGGCCUUGUCGUCGGCAGGCUCCCAUCCCUAGCUGAUCGCGUUCGACUGGGAGCUGUGUGCCGCCCAUGGCGUCGCGUUGCUCGGCAGGAGCCUCGUCUUCCCCCUCCGCUACCGUGGUUGAUCCUCCUCGACGGCACCUUCCUUAGCAUCCCAGGCGGCGAAAUUCACUGCAUGCAUAUACCAGAGGACGCUUAUCUCCAAGGUAGUGUGGGCAACUGGCUCCUCUUCCUCAAGUCCUUCCGCAGCAACCUGGCACUUAUGAAUCCUUUCUCCAAGCAUGUCGUACGUCUUCCUAACGAAGCCAACGCUUGUCCUAGAGAUUCGAUGUUCUGCAAGCUAGUGCCACUCUCAAGUACUACUACUGAAGUAUCACCAGAUUCCCUUUUCGCUAUACUGAUCACGAUCAGCAGCGUUGAGAGUGCUAUUUCUAUUUGCCGGCCCUCGGCUGCUGCCGCUGCAUUUAGGAUGCCCGAGUGCAUCCUAGAUGCUGCAUUCUUUGAUGGGAAAUUAUAUGCUCUAUCGCGAGAGAAGCUCUUCGCGUUUGAGGUUGAUUUGAGCUACAAAGGCAAGCCAAGAUGCCCCUCAUUCAUAGGAUGCAUAGCUGACGCCGUCGAAGAUGCAGGGCCCAUAGAACGAUCCAUUGCUGAUAAGAUGUAUAUCUGUACAUCUUGGAGUUACCUUGUUGAAUCCACCAGCGGUAAAUUGUUGCAUGUAAAGAGACAUAUUGGAUGCUUGUGCACAGAGGAAGUUAGGACGGAGAAUAGCUCUACUCUUUCAUUUGAAGUCUUUGAGCUGGACUUGACCACCAAUUCUCGUCAUAAGUGGACAAGGGUCAAUACCCUAGGAGACCAAGCACUCUUUGUUGGCAUACACUCCAAAUCACUCCAUGCUUCUAGAUGUGGAGCUCAGGAGGACUGUAUCUACUUCGUGGCUGACUAUGGCCAUAAAGAUCUGGCGAUAGAUCCUCUACGCGAUUGUGGUGUCUUCAACAUGAGGAAUGGAAUAAUCACGCCUCUGUUGGCAGAUACAAUGGUUGUGCGGCCAGAAGUCUGCAGAGGGCGUCCAACAUGGUUCUUUCCGUAUUGA